AGAAAAUGAGGAGCGUCCUUGUCUUCGCGUCAACACCGACGUAGCCGCGCGUUACGCAGGUCUUGCUGCUCGUUAGAAUUUGGCGCCUGUCGCCUAUAACCAAUGUGUGUCGCUUGACGCCGCCGUCCCACGGUGCAUUCCGGGUCGGAGGCCAUCCCCAGUUUUGAUAAAUCUCGCCAUGUCACGCUGCUUCGUUCUCGGGUGCGACCUGCCGCCGACGGACGCCACGAGCCAAAAAUGCGAAAAGCACAAGCACCGCGCCAAGUGCCAAGGCGACCCGCUCUGCUACAACCAGGUGUACGCGCGCGGCCGCUGCGUGCGCCACGGCGGCAAGAAGCCGUGCUUGUACCAUGGAUGCACGGGCAACGCGCGCCGCAACGACAUGUGCCACCGCCAUGGCGGCGCCCGCCACCGGCUCUGCUCCGAGCCUGGCUGCGACAAGAUCGUGAGCGAGCGCCGCAAGUGCUCCCGGCACGGCGACACGGCGCUCUGCCACUUCCCCCGCUGCCUCCUCAAGGCGCGGCUGCAGGGCUACUGCGGGACGCACUACCGCUACAAGGCGCAGCACAUUGAGCCAACCGCGUGGAACGUUGUGGACGUCGCGAUGCGCAACGACGCACCGCUCGCCGAGGUCGAGUCGCAGAUUUUGAGCAGUCUCUUGGACGACUGCGCGAUCGACGAGACAAGCUUCCACGUCCUGCACGUGACGCGGUCCGAGUCGGUGCACAUGCCGGCCGUGGACCUUCGCGACCACAAGACGCCGCCGCGCCGGCCUUGAUUUAUACGCAAACACACGCUUUUAGAGCGUACAUUCUAGUAUCAUUGCAUGAGCGCACGAGGCGCUACCUCAUCUUACAAGUCCUUUCUCUAUAUAUCUAUCUACUAAUACAAUUGAGCUACUACC